GUAUCCCUCCACCCCGCAAGCUUCCAAAGAAACAGAAUGAAAGGGAACUGAGAUUUGCAACAUUCAUUCAUUCAUCCAUUCAUAUAAAUUCAAUUCACUUCCUUCCUCCUACUUCAUCUCCUUUUCCUGCGAUGACUCAUUUCCAGUCUUCUUCCCAUACUCCCAACACUCCCAACCAUAACUCUCUUCAUGACCCCUCCGCCCCCCCUGAUAAGGCUUGGCUCCGCCUUAGCAUCGCCCCCACUCAUCUCCACCAUCCUCAACCACCCGCCUUUGCCUUUGACGCCGCCGGACUCAAAAUAAAUGAGUCUUUGCCUCACCUUUCCACCCCAUUUCAACUCCACCCUGCACUUCACCCUCCUACCUCCAACUCCCACGUCCUCAGGGUCAUUGACCCUCCCCGCCGCCCUCAAUCCGGGAUUUGGUUUUCUCUCCAACCUUUGGAAUUAAACCAAGGGAAACACCCGGCGUUGCCUCAGAGAUCCACCACCUACUUGAGAAUCAAGGAUGGAAGAAUGAGAGUUGGAUUAGUAAUGAAGUAUUUGGUGAAAAAGCUGAGACUGGAAAGCGAAACAGAGGUAGAGAUAUGGUGCAGAGGGGAAAAGGUGGAAGGUUGGUUGACGAUGCAGCAGAUUAGAGACAACAUAUGGACCUCUCAACACUCCUCUUUGACUUUGCUUCCACAUUCCUCAACCAUUCCUCACAUCAUGCUUCUUCACUACUCCUACUCCUACUCCUACUCCUACUCCUACUAAUCCCCUGUUCCCCAUUCUUCCUCUUCUUUCUUAAGCUGUUCAGUGUAAUUAUUUACUUUCCUCCUGCCUCUUGCUAAUUCAUUUCUU